CUUGGGUGAGUAGGUUGGGAGCUGCGAAGUAUUCUGCCCGUUCCCUCCGCUCCGAGACACUUCGCGACUAACUGACCCGACCGCAACUGUAGUGUCGUCUCGAAACCUGGACUGAACGGAACAAAAAGACGAGGAAAAUCGAGAGAGAUUCAAGAAAAACUUUCGUGCGAUCAUUACUUUAGUUUGCCUCUGCUGCACUGCUUUGUUACUGAAACCGAGUGUCCGGAGUGGAAAAAAAAAAAAUUCGCGCAAGACGAGUAUCUUUCACCAUGGGUGAAAAUAACACGAAUAACAACCCGCACAGUAUAGCCGACUACUUGGCGCAGCUGCUGAAAGACCGAAAGCAACUCGGCGCCUUCCCGAAUGUGUUUCUUCACGUCGAACGGCUGUUGGAUGAAGCUAUCUUCAGUGAAGCUUCGGAAGAGCUCUGGAAAGGAAAAAAGGUGGUGCUUUUGCUAGACGUUGCAAGAGAUACGCUUUAUAUUUUCUUGGUGUUCCCUAAAUGGACAAAAGGCUCAGACUCCGUGUUUUCCAUUUGCGGCGUAAGUUCGUGA